AUGCUACGACGCGGAGCCUGUUUAGUUGGAAAACUUCGCAAUUGCUUCUACAGGUGUGCCGGCUUGCGCGUAGUAUCUCGUUGGGAUUCGGUUUGUUGUGCCUUCUGCGGCUUUGAUACGCGCGAAUCUCUUUGGCGUGGCGCCGCUGCCUGAUGAGACCGAUUGCAAGGAUUAAGAUCAGGUACGGUGCGGCAUGACACGUACUGCAGCGCACAGCAUAGCGCCUCACGAUUUUGUCGCACGCGACAAGAUCAUAUGAGAGCGCGUCAAUCACAAUAAAAAAAAUUUACAACCAGAUGCAUUGUUUGACUGCAAGAAAAGCAUCAUAAACUUAGCAAAUGCUGCAUUUGCGGUUUUUUUGGAGUAGCUGAGGAUCAUGAUAAUGAAAAUUGCAAUAUUUUUACUGCAUUUACAAAUUACAUACACAUGCUGUCAGCUCGAUCGUUUUUUGUGUGGAGAUAAUCAAGUAUUUUUUUCAAGAAUCGAAGAGCCGAAAAAAUUUUUUCUUGCACUAGGCCUGACGAAACAACUUGUUGUGCAUAUGGAGCGAUUGCGCGGACAUGUCCGCAGUAAGAAUGCAAAGACAUGGGCGCCUGUGCGUUGGAAAACUGUUUGUUACACGCUGGAAACCUUGUCGGAAGUGACGAAAAAAAUAAAAACGCUGUCCGAGCGCAAAGACAAAAACACAAACUAAUGGCGCGAACAGAAGAGCGUCUACUGUUGUUGUACAGCUGUCAAGACUCAUGGACAUCAUUUUUGCCUUUUUUCAAUAUUUUGACAUCAUCAAACCCCAGUUCUG